AUGACUGAUUUGGGAUGUAAAAAGCCCAGUGACUGCACCGUAUCCAGGCUGCUCAAUGUCGUGGAGAGUGAGCUCCAAGCUGGCAGAGACAGAGGGGACCCGACUGAGAAACAACUCCAGGUUGUCUUGGAGGAGGCUGCACUGUGGCAGAGGUUCAGGGAAGUCACUAAUGAGAUGAUUGUGACCAAGAACGGCAGACGGAUGUUCCCAGUUUUAAAGAUCAGUGUGUCAGGUUUGGAUCCCAACGCCAUGUACUCCUUCCUGUUGGACUUUGCCCCAACCGACGGCCACCGCUGGAAGUAUGUGAAUGGUGAAUGGGUGCCCGCUGGGAAACCAGAACCACCAAGCCACAGCUGCGUCUACAUCCACCCAGACUCUCCCAACUUCGGGGCGCACUGGAUGAAAGCCUCUGUUUCCUUCAGCAAAGUGAAACUUACCAACAAGCUCAAUGGAAGCGGGCAGAUAAUGCUGAAUUCCUUGCAUAAAUACGAGCCUCAGGUUCACAUCGUUCGCGUGGGAGGCCAACAUAGGAUGGUAAUGAACUGCUCCUUUCCGGAGACUCGGUUCAUAGCUGUCACUGCUUAUCAAAAUGAAGAGAUAACAGCUCUCAAAAUCAAGUAUAAUCCCUUUGCCAAAGCCUUCCUGGAUGCAAAGGAAAGAAACCAUUCCAAGGAUACUCCCGAAAAUGUUUCGGAAGGUCAACAUAUGACAUAUUCUCACCUAGGUGGCUGGUUGAUUUCCAAUCCAGAUGCAGUGUGUGCAGCAGGAAGCUCGAAUUAUCAGUAUGGAGGAGCUUUGUCUCUGCCUGCCCCACAUUCCCACCAUGGCUGUGAGCAUUAUGCAGCCCUUCGAGGGCAUCGGGCUGCACCAUAUCCUGCUUCAUACAUGCAGAGAAAUCAUUCCCCAACAGGGAAUCUGAUUGAGAGCUCCAGCAAUAAUGUGCAGAUGUUUCCAGGACACGAUAGCUGGACUUCCUUACCAUCCACUCCACAUGCCAACUUGCUUUCAGUACCACAUGCCAAGGGAACAGCCACUGCUGGUCCUAGCCACUAUCCCUGUCUGUGGACAGUCAGCAACAGUGCCCUUAAUGUUGCCAACCCGGGCAGUGAUGUGAACAGCAGCGCUCCAGGCACGUUCCUGCGAGGUAACAUCCCUUUGCCCACCACAUCUGCCUCGAUGCCUCUGCAGGGAGCAGCCAUCAGCAACAUGGAAACACCAGGGGAACCCACUCUUGCCAGACUAGCUGAUUCUGCCUGGACAUCUUUGCAUUCGUUUUAAUGGGCGGGAAGCUCUCUAGGAAUGUUCAGCAGAAUCAGAGCAAGAUUGACAGGACAAAAACACCUCCUACAAUCACAGUUCAGGGCAGGGAGGGGACAUGCACACAAGGAACCUAUUUCAGCAAUGCACCAGAUUCCAGGAUAAAUCUUGCACCUCUCCAUUUCCAAAUGAGCAAUGAAAGAUUGAGUCAAGAGGCCUAGUGCAAAGGAGGGGGAAGAGUUAGAGGGGAGCUGGUUUCUUCUUGUAUCAUUCAGCGCUAGAGCAGACUGUGACUGAUCCAAGUCUUUAGAGUAAGCUUUGCUUCCAUGUCAAAGCAAAAGGGCCAGUGAUUCAGGUCCCAAUGGAACAGAAGUGGCAGCUGGGUAUUUUAAUGGGAUUUCAAAGGAAUGUUUAUUGUAACUUAGGCCAGUCGCAGUUAGAUUGCUGGCAGGGACCUCAUAAUAACAACAACCAGAAACCAUGACAUCCUCAUACAAUCCCUGAGCAGCAUUUUAAAGUGGAAAUGCUGCCUGGAAAUGCCAUAGUGUUCUUUAAUACUUGUUUUAUGAAGUUCUUAAAAUUCUUGAAGCUAAUGUGGAGGAAAUUGCCUUCUGUCUCCCUAAGACACUCCCCUCUAGUUUCACCUGUAUAGAGUGGUAUUCUUCCCUUCCUCUCCUACAGCUAUUGUGUAGUCUUUGUGUGCUAUAAGAAAACCUAGCAAGAAGUUAUGCUAACUGCAGUUUUAUUUCACGGAUAUGGAAGUGGGGACAGAAUGCAGUGAACUCCCGCAUAGGUAUGUUAGCUCUACAGGACUGAGAGGAGAAAAAAAUGGUUCAGAGUGAUUAUGUACAUAUAGGCCCAGGCCCACAAAAGGUACUUAGGCACCUAAGUCCCAGGGCUGGCUUCACUGUGAUCCACAAAAUACUGUAGGAGCCUAAACUUACUCAGCUCUUAAAUUGCUGCCUCUGGGCACGCACAUGGCUGCCUCCUUAUCUCCCAUCUAAGUCCCUGCAAGGUGGAAGGGUCCCAGUCGAGCAUCUAUACCACAAUUAAACAUACCAUUAGCCUGAGCCCUGCGAUCCGGAAUCAGCUGGCAUCAUGGGACUGAGGUGCCAUUUUCUAAAAGAUGUAAUAUUUGGUGGAAGAUAAGACAUGAGCCAAGCAGGGGUAGCCCUCUUUUACUUGGGAGAUCUGUACAGUUUGUGUAAGGACAUCCGUUUCCCACACAAUGGACAGAAUGGAUUUCCCCAGUCAUAUCAGCUGGGUUAAAUGUGCCAGCAGGCGAGGUGUGUUGUUCCUUAGGGAAAUGUGCGACUGCGGAGAGGAUUUUGAAGUGGCACUUGCUCUUAAAGGCAACUCAAGAGAAGAGUGUGAACAACUACAAUUGGUCAGGACCUCUGUUCUACAUCUUGUCAAGUGUUGCUGAUGUCACUGUGUGUGUGUGUGUGUGUGUGUGUGUGUGUUCUGCAGACAUAAUCUUCUGCCAAGGUACAAUGGGAUGGGUGCCCAGAUUUUCCCAGAAUGCACUCAUCAAACAUAGACCUGCAUGGCAGCAUGAAAAGCAUGGAUAUGGAGCCAUGACUGACACAUGGCUCUGUUGUGGGAACAGCUGUGUGGUGGCACGGUUCAGCCACGCUUGUUGUAACUGGCUUAGAUGAGCAUGUCAGGACCUGGUUCCAGAAGCAUGGUUAUGUGGCAUAUUGAGGACUGUGCUGAAAUUGCAAACUAUCACUUUAAGAGCAGGAGGGUUUCCUGGUCCUGCAUCCAGCCUCAGGAGCUCUGUAGGGAGGCAUGUGACCAGCAAUCAGUUUGUAGCCAGCCAGCCUAGAAUAAGCUGGAGUGAGUUGUGCCUCUCUGUCUUAGGGAGCAGCCUGCUUUGUGUCUCUGCUCUGGUUUUGGUUCUUGUGUGUUAUCGUUCUGAAUUCUAAGAAAUAAAGUAGUGUUACACUGCAACUUUCAGCAAGAACAUUUUUUGUUUUUAUCCAACUUCUCUGUGUGUAUGCUGUGAACAUAACAGGUUACACUUGUAUUGUAGCCGGGGCUACAGAGGGAAGGGCGCAGCUAAUAAAGCAUCUUUGUUUAGCUGCACAGUGCCCUCCACACCGUCUGACCGAGAUGGAAAAGCACCAGCUAUUGAGUGGCCAGCAAUACUUCCAGCAGUGCCUUGCUUUCUCCCCCAGCCUGUGACUCCAAGUGCGUGUUGGCAUCAGUUUGUAGUGUGUGCACUGUGCAAAUAUCAACUCAGCCACUGGUGAUUCCUUGUUGCAGCCCUCUGGCCCUUUCCCCACUCGUGAGAGACACGGCUCAUCAAACCCACACCAUAAGGCGUUCAGUUCCUAAGUUCUCAUGUUGAUCAUUUAUUUCCCAAGACUAAACUUUUUUUGUGGGUGUGGUGAGACAGUUGAAGCACGUGCUCCCAUGGGCAGAUGAUUAUUUAUUUAGAG